CAGAAUUUUAGACUCUCUCUCUCUCUCUCUCUCUCUCUCUCUCUCGUGCAGAAAAUGGCAGAGGCCAGUAUUUCAGUAGAUCAGGAUCAGUUCAUCUGUCCAGUGUGUCUGGAUCUUCUGAAUGACCCUGUGACUACUCCCUGUGGCCACAGUUUCUGUAAGGUGUGUAUUAAUGGCUGCUGGGAUCAGGAGGAUGUGAAGGGCGUCUUCAGCUGCCCCCAGUGUAGAGAGACUUUCACUCCAAGGCCUGAUCUACGCAGGAACAACAUGCUGACUGAAGUGGUGGAGAAACUGAAGAAGACUGAACUCCAAGCUGCUUCUCCUGCUCACUGUUACACUGGACCUGGAGAUGUGGAGUGUGAUUCCUGCACUGGGAGAAAACACAAAGCCAUCAAGUCCUGUCUGGUUUGUCAGGCCUCCUAUUGUGAAGAUCAUCUUAAACCUCACUAUCAGUCUCCUGCCUUUAAGAAGCACAAGUUAGUUGAAGCCUGUGCAGAGCUCCAAGAGAAGAUCUGCUCUGAACAUGACAAACUGAUGGAGAUCUACUGUCGUACUGACCAAAGCCUCAUCUGUGACUUGUGUACGAUGGAUAAACACAAAGGUCAUGAUACUGUUUCAGCUAAAGCAGGAAGAACUAAAAAACAGAAUGAGCUAACGGAGGAGCAGUUGAAAUCCCGGCAGAGGAUCCAGGAGAAGCAGAAGAAGGUGCAGGAGCUGAAACAGACUGUGGACAUUAUUAAGAUACGUUCACAGGCAGCAGUAGGUGACAGUGAGAGGAUCUUUACUGAGCUGAUCAGCUCCAUGGAGAAAAAGCGCUCUGAGGUGAAGGAGCUGAUCAGAACUCAGGAGAAAGCUGAAGUGAGUCGAGCUGAACGACUCCUGAAUCAACUGGAGCAGGAGAUUGCUGAUCUUAAGAGGAGAGUCACUGAGCUGGAGGAGCUUUCACACACACACGAUCACAUCCAUUUCCUCCAGAGUUUCCCGUCUCUCUGUGUCUCUCCUGGAUGUGAAGACUCACCCAGCUUCACUGUCAAUCAACAUCUCUCAUUUGAUGGAGUGAGGAAAUCUCUCUCAGAUCUGAAAGAACGAGUCGAGCAAAUCUGUGAGGAGGAAUUCAACAAAAUCCGUCCACAAGUGUCCACAGCUUCAGUUGUUUGGGUGAUUUUACCCUCAGUUCUGAAAAGCAGAGAUGAUUUUUUGCCAUAUUUCUGUUAUCUGACUCUGGAUCCAAACACAGCAAAUCGUCAACUCAUUCUCUCUGAGAUGAACAGAGUGGUGACACGCAGUAGAACACAACAGCAAUACUCUGAACAUCCAGAGAGAUUUGACUCCUGGAUUCAGGUGUUGUGUAAGGAGAGUGUGUGUGGACGCUGUUACUGGGAGGUGGAGUGGAACAAUGACUUAGAAAUAUCAGUCUCAUAUAAAGAUAUCAGCAGGAAAGAGGGUGAUGAGAGUUUGUUUGGACGUAACAGUCAGUCCUGGAGUCUUUGCUGUACUUCUUCCUCUGUCUCUUUCUGGCACAAUAACGUUAAAGCUGAGCUAGGAGGUCCAGCAUCCUCCAGAAUAGGAGUGUAUGUGGAUCACAGUGCAGGAACUCUGUCCUUCUACAGCGUCUCUGACACGAUGAGGCUCCUCCACAGAGUCCACACCACAUUCACUCAGCCUCUAUACGCUGGGUUCUGGAUGUGGACUUAUAACUCAGCUGUGAGGUUAUGUGAUCCAAAAUGAAAUGUUUGCUAAAAUGUUUAGUAAAAAAAACCUUCAUAAGUGUCAGAUUUUAUUUCUCCAUGAGCUGCGAUGGCAAUUUUGUGUGAAGCGACUGCAUGUAAAGAAAGUGUGUGUAAUGCUAAACUAAAAUAUAAAAAUAACUAUCACAUUUGCAGGAAUCCAUAUGCUUUGCAUGACACUCACAGUGCAUCAUGUGAUCAUCUUAGAGAUGUUUCUACAACUUGACACCUGUCACCUGUUGUCAAUUUACUUGUAUGGGUAGAAAUUGUUCUGUUUACAAAGGAAGCAGUAGAAAUGUGAGGUAUAGUCAGGUUCGUUAAUAUUUGGACAUUGACAUGAUUAUUGUUAUUUUCUGGAAAAUGUUUUGCUUGAAAAGAUUGCUUGUGGUAUCUUUUAUUUAAAAUA